AUGUCACCCCACAGCGAGGUUUCAUUCAACGGCUCCGAGGCCCCAGUCUCCAACGGAACCACCAACGGUCACAACGGCACAAAUGGCACCAACGGCAUUACUAACGGCCACAACGGCCAUGUCAACGGCAACGGUAGCAGCAACGGAAACGGAGCUGCCCCUGCUGCCCGCCAUGGGCCCCGAGUUCACAAGGAGAGAUCUCCUUAUCUCGAGUCCGCUCCCGCAGAUUCUGAGUUUGACCUCAUCUGCGCUGGUUUCGGCCCCGCAUCUUUGGCUGUAGCCGUCGCUAUUCACGAUGCCAUCGCCGAGGGCAAGAAGCUUCGCCCUGAUGGCGCAGCUCCCAAAGUUCUUUUCCUGGAGAAGCAGGCCAAGUUCGCUUGGCACGCCGGUAUGCUGCUCCCAGGAGCCAAGAUGCAAAUCUCCUUCAUCAAGGAUCUGGCCACUCUUCGCAACCCCCGAUCUGAGUUUACUUUCCUUAACUACCUCCACCGCCAGGGUCGUCUCGUUGACUUUACCAACUUGAGCACUUUCCUCCCUGCCCGUACUGAAUACGAGGACUACCUUCGCUGGUGCUCUUCUUGGUUUGACCACGUUGUGAGCUACAACAACGAGGUUCUCUCUAUCUCCCCCGAGAGCAAAGUGGCCGGUGCCGUCAAGACUUUUACCGUUCAGGCUCGCAACGGCAAGACUGGUCAGGUCCAAUCUUUCCGCAGCCGUCACGUUCUCGUUGCUGCUGGUGGCCAGCCUUCGCUCCCCAAGAGCCUCCCUGCUAAACACCCUCGUGUCCUGCACUCUUCUCAAUUCGCCAACUACGCCCCUCAGAUCCUAGCCAAGCAGAACGCUCCUUACCGCGUUGCUGUUAUCGGUGCUGGCCAGAGCGCCGCCGAGAUCUUCAACAACGUCCAGAACCUGUACCCCAACUCUAAAACCUACCUCAUCAUGCGUCAGGAGUUCCUACGCCCGAGUGAUGACUCUCCAUUCGUCAACUCCAUCUUCAACCCCGAGUACAUUGACAACUUGUGGCCACGAUCUGUUAAGGCUCGUGAGACUCUUUUGACCGAGGCUCGCGCCACCAACUACGGUGUUGUUCGCCUGGAGCUCAUUGAGCACCUCUUCGAGAAGAUGUACGACCAGAAGCGUGAGAUCAGCGACGAUGAGACACAGUGGCCCCACAGAAUUCUCGCUGGCCGUGAGAUUGCCAGCGUCGACACCAAGGGCGACGCUCUCGAGAUCAAGGUCCAGCGCGUGAACGAUGGUCCUCUCGAUGGCUUCGUCGACCAGGAGACUUUUGAAGUUGAUCUGAUCGUUGCUGCCACCGGUUACAAGCGAAGCGCUCACGUCGACAUGCUCAAGGACGCAUGGACAAUUCUCCCCAAGACUGUAUCAGGACGUAACGAGUCCCCCAAGGGCGUCAACGGCUGGAACGUCGAGACACAAGAUGGCGAGCGCAAACUGGCCGUCGGGAGGGAUUACCGAGUCAAGUUCUCUCCUGGCACUGUUGCCGACGACUCUGGCGUCUGGCUGCAGGGCUGCUGCGAGGGUACUCACGGGCUGAGUGACACCCUCCUCUCUGUCCUGGGCACUCGCUCAGGCGAGAUUGUUCAAUCUAUUUUCAAGCAAUAA